GUGGAAGUGUCAGCGUUAGCGAGAUAGUCAUAGAAAAUUGUAGCCACUGCUGACUCAGUGACAGAAAGACAUAUCAGGUUUCUCGUGAGUUGCCACUCUCUCUUGCCUCCUCAAUACAACUCAUUCAUUCAAUUUCUACGCAUUCUCUAUUUCUACCAUUCCAGGUCCCACCUUAGUUUUUCUUCAACCAACACUCCAAAUUUAAAACUGGGUGCUCUGAAAAAUCUCAUCUUUUUGGGACCCCUUUCACUUCAAUCUUCCCGGGUUUGAUUUCUCGACGUACGGUGCAAAUUGUCUCUCAAAAGUUUGGGACUUUAUGAAAGUGAUUAAGCUCUUCACUCAUUUGCUUUGAGCAGAAAGACACUGAAUCAAAAAGGGUUUUAUUCUUUCUUGUUGUCAAUUCAGCAAUGGAUUCAACUUGUGCAACUCUGAGUGGCAAUCUAGUAAAAGUUGGAGGAAACAGAAGAAGUGGAUUCUGGGGUGAGAGUGCAAGGGGAAGUCUAAACCCAAGACUUUUGAGUAUGCAAUCAUGCAAGACUUCACAAACCAAGAUUAAAAACAUCAAGUCCAAGUCUGCAUGCGCUGUUCUCACAUCAGACAUCAACGAAGAGUCCAUGGCAUUUCAGGAGGCACCCACUUUGGAGACUCCUCAAGCAGACCCAAAAAGUGUAGCUUCCAUCAUAUUGGGUGGAGGUGCAGGAACUCGUCUCUUUCCUCUUACUAGCAGAAGAGCCAAGCCUGCGGUUCCAAUAGGAGGGUGUUAUAGACUCAUAGAUAUCCCAAUGAGCAAUUGCAUCAACAGUGGCAUCAGAAAAAUAUUCAUUUUGACGCAGUUCAACUCUUUCUCCCUCAACCGCCACCUCUCUCGCACAUACAGCUUUGGAAAUGGCAUGACUUUUGGAGAUGGUUUUGUGGAGGUCUUGGCUGCUACUCAAACACCUGGAGAGGCAGGGAAGAAAUGGUUCCAAGGGACAGCUGAUGCUGUGAGGCAAUUUAUAUGGGUUUUUGAGGAUGCCAAGAAUAAGAAUGUUGAGCAUAUAUUGAUACUUUCCGGGGACCAUCUUUACAGGAUGGACUACAUGGACUUUGUGCAGAGACAUAUCGACACAAAUGCGGAUAUCACUGUUUCAUGUGUACCAAUGGAUGACAGCCGUGCGUCAGAUUAUGGGCUGAUGAAAAUCGAUAAAACAGGACGGAUUAUACAGUUUGCAGAAAAACCUAAGGGGUCAGAUCUGAAGGCAAUGCAUGUUGACACUACUAUCCUAGGAUUAUCUCCUGAAGAAGCAAAGAAACAUCCUUAUAUUGCAUCCAUGGGUGUCUAUGUGUUCAGAACUGAAACCCUUCUGCAACUAUUAAGAUGGAACUAUUCUUCAUGCAAUGACUUUGGAUCUGAAAUUAUUCCAUCUGCAGUGAAUGAGCACAGUGUUCAGGCAUAUUUGUUCAAUGACUACUGGGAAGAUAUUGGAACUAUAAAGUCUUUCUUUGAUGCAAAUCUGGCCCUAACAGAACAGCCUCCAAAAUUUGAAUUCUAUGAUCCAAAGACACCUUUCUUCACUUCGCCAAGAUUCCUACCACCUACUAAAGUAGAAAAAUGCAAGAUUGUGGAUGCAAUUAUUUCUCACGGUUGCUUCUUGAGGGAGUGUAGUGUACAUCAUUCUAUUGUUGGAGUACGCUCACGUUUAGAAUCAGGAGUGGAGUUUCAGGAUACCAUGAUGAUGGGUGCUGAUUACUAUCAAACUGAAACUGAAAUUGCAUCUUUACUGGCAGAAGGAAAGGUUCCAAUUGGUGUUGGGGAGAAUACCAAAAUCAGGAAUUGUAUAAUCGACAAGAAUGCCAAGAUAGGAAGAAAUGUGAUCAUAGCAAAUGCCGAUGGUGUUCAAGAAGCAGACAGAUCCAAGGAAGGAUUCUACAUUAGAUCAGGUAUCACAGUUAUCCUGAAGAAUGCAAUCGUAAGAGAUGGAACAGUUAUAUGAAGCACUUCAAAUUAUGGGCCUCUUUAGAGCUUAGACACAAAUAUAAUUCCCUCGCCGACAUACACGUACAUGAAAUCCUUGCUUGUAUAUUACAAUUUACUUUCCAUAUAUCUCAAUAAAUAAUAGUUAAUGGCUUAAUUCUACCAGCUCUCAUACGCUGAUGAGAAUUGAGAAACAUAUAAAUAUAUAAAAAGAUUAUACAUUCGUAGGACACUUCACUUGUAAACUGUAAUGGAAAUAGGCCAUUCAGCCCUCUAGGAUUAUUUGGACCCUUCAUUCUGAAGAUCAAUCCACACGUAAAUGAGGUUUAAAGUUGCUAA